GCGCCGCCUGUGCUAAGGGUGUUUCCCGUCCAGACUUCACCAUUCCUGCGAUAGAGCACAACCUUCCCUCGUUCUAGCCAUCAUGGCUUCUGUACAAGCCGCGCCAGGUUUUGCUGCCCCUGGGCAGCUGCCUGGUAACCUCACCAAAGAGAUGGUCCACUCCGCCUAUCUGAAAUACAAUGAGAUGAAAAAUUCAGGCACACCUGAGAACGAUCCUGAGUUCAUCAAGACGCGCAACCUGCUCGCUGCUGUACAGAGGAAAACCAUAUAUGAUAAGCAACAACAAGCAAUGAUGAAGCAGCGGCAGCAGGGCCAAGCCGGUCAGCCACGACCACAACAAACUCCGCAGCAGAACGGCGCCACCGCGGCGCACAUGUCAAACGGGACAAAAUCAGGAGCAACAACCGAUGGCCCUGUCCCCACUCCUACGACAGCGUCAAGCGCACCGCUUACCGGUAUCCACGUAGCAACGGCAGGCGCCCAAGCCCAAGGCUCUGGGGACAAUCAAACCCCAACAUCAGCCGGUGCGGUUGGCGGCACUGCCUUUGCUCCCGAGCAGCUGAUGCUCCUGCGGAAACAGAUUGCAGCGUUCAAACAUCUGUCCAAAGGCCUGCCAUUGCCCCCAAACAUGCAACAACAACUGUUCGCAUCUCAGCAGGCUAAGAAACCCGCGACUCCGACCGAAGCUGUUGCAGCAGCGUCAGAGGCACUUGACGAAGCCACGCGAAGCACAAAUGCGCCUGACGGGGAUGCGAUAAAUCCUCCCAACACGAAGAAGUUUGCCCCACCACCCACUUCAUUCGAUAAACCCACCGGGGGUUCAUACAUCAAGAAACACAUGAACUACAUCAUGCAUACUAAGCGAGCCAAUCGCCCACAUAUACCGGCCUUCAUGCCCCUUGGAUACGACACUGAUGAGGUGCGCAAGACGCGAUCGAACAUACUAUACAAUCGAGUCGAGAAUAGGAAGGCGGAGCUGGAGAAACUUCAGGCAAAUAUUGGAUCCUGGGAUACCAGCAAGACAGAUACGCCCGAGGAUGACGGGAAAGUGAAACUUGCUUUAACAAUCGAGUACAAGAUGCUCAAUCUCCUUGAAAAGCAGCGAAAUCUCCGCAAGAAGAUAAGUACAGAGAUGAUCUAUGCUGACAACCUCGCUAUGACUGCAAAUCGCGCGAUAUACCGACGGUUGAAGAAACAAUCUCUCCGAGAAGCUCGUAUUACUGAGAAGCUGGAGAAGCAGCAACGCGAUGCUCGGGAAACAAAAGAGAAGAAGAAGCACCACGACUUCAUCGAAUCGAUCCGGAAGCAUCGCGGUGAGCUGAGUGAGUCUGGCUUGGUUCAGAGGCAACGAUUGCAGAAGCUAGGCCGCACCAUGAUGACGACCCAUCAAGCCAUUGAGAAGGAAGAGCAGAAGCGGGUCGAGCGGACCGCAAAGCAGCGUCUCCAAGCUUUGAGGGCCAACGACGAAGAGACAUACUUGAAGCUCUUAGGACAGGCGAAGGAUACUCGUAUCACUCACCUGUUGAAACAGACUGACGGCUUCUUGAAGCAAUUAUCUGCAUCCGUCAAACAACAACAACGGAAACAUGCCGAUCGCUACAGCCUUCCGAACCAGAUCGAGGAAGAAUCCAGCGAAGAAGAAGACGAAGAGUCUGGAGACGAGGCACCCGGAAAGAAGGAAAAGACAGACUACUACGAAAUUGCUCAUCGCAUCAAGGAAGACGUCCUGGUACAAUCUUCAAAUUUGGUUGGUGGUACUCUCAAAGAAUACCAGAUCAAGGGUCUUCAAUGGAUGAUUUCGCUCUACAACAACAACCUGAAUGGUAUCUUGGCAGACGAAAUGGGUCUCGGGAAGACCAUUCAGACCAUCAGUUUGAUCACAUAUCUCAUCGAGAAGAAGCAUCAACCUGGUCCAUACCUCGUCAUUGUGCCGUUGAGCACAUUGACCAAUUGGAACAACGAAUUCGAGAAGUGGGCACCGAGCGUGCAGCGAAUCGUCUACAAGGGUCCUCCAAACGCUCGAAAACAACAUCAACAGCAAAUUCGUUGGGGCCAAUUUCAAGUCUUGCUAACAACCUACGAAUUCAUUAUCAAAGAUCGGCCUAUUCUGAGUAAAAUCAAAUGGGUUCAUAUGAUCGUCGAUGAAGGUCAUCGUAUGAAGAAUGCCAACUCGAAGCUCAGCAGCACCAUCACGCAAUACUAUACGACGCGGUACCGCCUCAUUCUCACUGGAACACCUCUUCAGAACAAUUUGACUGAACUUUGGGCUAUGCUUAAUUUCGUUCUUCCAACCAUCUUCAAGUCGGUCAAAUCGUUUGAUGAAUGGUUCAAUACUCCAUUCGCAAAUACCGGGGGCCAAGACAAAAUGGAGCUUACUGAAGAAGAGCAGCUGCUCAUCAUUCGUCGAUUGCACAAGGUGCUUCGUCCAUUCUUGCUGCGUCGUCUCAAGAAGGACGUCGAAAAGGAUUUGCCGGACAAGACUGAGCGCGUUAUCAAAUGUAACUUCUCCUCUCUCCAGGCGAAGCUGUACAAGCAACUUGUCACGCACAACAGGUUGGUAGUUAGCGAUGGAAAGGGAGGUAAAACCGGAAUGCGAGGCUUAAGCAACAUGCUUAUGCAGCUACGAAAACUUUGCAAUCACCCCUUCGUCUUCGAAGAAGUGGAGGACCAGAUGAAUCCUGGCAGGGGAACCAACGACCUCUUGUGGCGAACAGCCGGCAAGUUCGAAUUACUUGAGAGGAUCUUGCCUAAGUUUAAGGCUUCGGGUCAUCGUGUCCUGAUCUUCUUUCAAAUGACACAGAUCAUGAACAUCAUGGAAGAUUUCCUGCGACUCAUGGGAUUGGCUUACCUCCGUCUCGACGGGUCGACAAAGGCGGAUGACCGAUCCGAGCUCCUCAGACUGUUUAAUGCGCCCGACUCACCAUAUUUCUGCUUUCUCUUAUCAACACGUGCCGGUGGUCUAGGUCUCAACCUACAAACCGCAGACACCGUCAUCAUUUAUGACUCCGACUGGAAUCCUCAUCAGGAUCUACAGGCCCAAGAUCGUGCCCAUCGUAUUGGUCAAAAGAAUGAGGUCCGGAUCCUUCGUCUCAUUACAUCCAAUUCCGUUGAAGAAAAGAUUCUUGAGCGAGCAAAUUUCAAGUUGGAUAUGGACGGCAAAGUCAUUCAGGCCGGUAAAUUCGACAAUAGGUCGACUAACGAAGAACGAGAGGCAAUGUUGCGGAUCAUGUUGGAGUCCGCCGAGGCCGCAGAAAACCUCGAGCAAGAUGAAAUGGACGACGAUGAUCUCAAUAUGAUGAUGAUGCGGUCUGAAGAUGAGUUGUUGCUCUUCCAAGAGAUGGAUCGCGAUCGCGCUAAGAAUGGUACAUAUGGUCCAGGCAAGAAACAUCCACGUCUUCUAGCCGAGAAUGAGUUACCGGAUAUCUAUAUGACCGAUGACAAUCCUAUUGUUGAGGAGAUUGAGGAAACAAAUUUUGGUCGCGGCGCUCGUGAGAGAACUCGCGUCAAGUACGACGAUGGUCUCACAGAGGAACAAUGGCUCGAAGCUGUUGACAACGAUGAGGAUUCCAUCGAGGCUGCCAUCGCCCGGAAAGAAGCCAAGAUCCAGAAACGAACCAAUAACAAGAGCAAGCGCGUGCAAGAAAUUGGAGACUCCCCACUACCGUCUCGAGAGAGCUCGGAGUCACCCGCCCCGAAGAAACGUGGACGAAAGCCUAAAGGCGAAAAGCGAAAAGCAGACGAGGCAUCGCUUGACGGCGACCCUGCACCUCGUAAACGUGGUCGGCCCCCACCAAACAAGGUCCAGGAGACCCUCAGCGCUGAAGAGCGUGCCUUGCUCCAGAAGGUCCUGAAUGCUGCAUACGAGGCCUUGAACGAUCUUGAGGAAGAAUCGACCGAGGACGACGUCCCGAACCGUGGCAUUAUCGAUCCGUUCAUCGAGCUGCCAGACAAGUGGGAUUAUCCUGACUAUUACCAGAUCAUCAAGCAACCAAUCUGCAUGAACAACAUCAAGAGGAAGAUUAACAGGAAAGAAUACCAGAGCCUCAGGCAGUUCCGCCAGGAUAUUGGGCUCCUAUGCAAUAAUUGUCGAACGUACAACGAAGACACGAGUUUGCUUUACGCAGAUGCUAAUAAUAUUGAGCAAGCCUGUCUUGAUAAACUUCGAGCGGAGACCGAGGAUCAUCCAGAACUGCAGGACUUUGAUGAUGCAGCAAGCAUGAACGGCGGUCUUUCUACUGCGAUCACAUCAAGUGUUGGGACGCCUCGAGCUAUUAUGGAUGGCCGGUGAUUGGAACAAUACCCCAUAGACCUUUCUAUUUUUUUUUGACACGAUAAUCUGAUUUCUAAUCAUGACGGUUGUUGGGCACGACCCUCGGGACGCAUGAGGAUCUGGCUGUACGGAACGAGUAGUGCUCAACAAAAGACACUUUCUUUCCUU